AUGAUCAUCCCUCUCAGUGUUCGGUCUAUCGUGACCGCCGCGGCAGCAAUCUCGUCGAGAGGUACUCAGACGACCCAACCAAGCCUCACAAGCCGUGCAAUCAACGUCGACCACGCCAGAGUAGCCACCUCCGCCAUCUCAGCCCUCGACAGCUUCUAUCAAAAAGACAACCUAGUCUGGAAGAACGUCCGAGGGUGGAUAGCCGCCAACGUGUACAACGACAUCAUGGACUUCGAUCUCUUCUCCCACACCAGACAGCACGAAAACACCUACGGCGCCGCCCUGCUCACGAUCGCCACGUCGGCUGCCGCCCAGGAGAAAGUCGGCAGCGUCAACGACUUCAACGACGACCAGCUGUGGUGGUGCCUCGCCAUGAUCCGCGCCUACCAGAACUACGGCCACCGCGCGCCCCUAGACCAGGCCAUCCGGCAGUGGAAAUCCAUCGGGGCCAACGCCCAGCUGUCGCACGCUGACCAGGGCACCACACCGAGCAUCACCCCCGGCGGGAUCCAGCGCGACGCUGCCAUCCCCGCUGGCUGCGACGUCGACGGCGCCGUAUACUGGUCCAGCCAGCGCAGCAGCGGCCUGAACGCCAUCUCGACCAGCCUGUACGCGCAAGUCGGCGCCUGGCUCUUUGCCCUCACCGGUGACGCGAAGACCUUCCGCGGGCCGACGGACCGCGCCCUGGCCUGGCUCCAGCGCGUGACGCUCGAUCCUGCCACGGGCAUCAUGGUCGUCGACGGCCUGACUGUCCAGGGCUGCAAGAAGAAUCCCGGCGCCCUCACCUACAACACGGGCGUCUACAUCGGUGCUCUGACAUCCAUGUACAUGAGCACGCGCGACGCCAAGUACCUCGCUGCCGCGCGUAUCUCCGUCAAGUCUGCUACUACAGGCGCGUUCGGCAACAGCCCGCCUCUAGUCGUCAGCGAGGCGAGCGCGCUUACGACGCCGGGCGAUGCCGUCCAGUGGCGCGAUAUCCUGUUUCGCAACCUCUACGACUUUUAUGACUCCGUGAACGGGGUGGGCCAGGUUGAUGGGGUGCUGAAGAGCCAGAUGCAAGCGUUCUUUCGGGCGAACUAUGACCAGAUCCAGGGGAAGGCGAGGUUUGGGAACUUGUAUGCUGCGAACUGGUUUGGCAAGAUGAGUACGGGCUCGGAUUGGGGGACUGGAAGCGUGUUGAGCAACCUCCUCGGAUCGAUGUUGCUUUUGUGA